AUGACUAAUCAUCAAAUUAAGGAGUCGUUCCUUGUCGGGAGGGCGCUCCUAAACUUCACGUCCAUCUUUGUUUCCCUAGGCGUGUUCUUAUUUGGCUUCGAGCAAGGUUUGAUGUCUUCACUCUUGACAAAUACCUACUUCAAGGAGUACUACAAUUAUCCAAGCCCCACAGCUAUAGAUGAUACCUACACUCCUCAAGUUGUUGUUGCAUUCGUCAUCAUCUUUAAUGCAGCAUUUGGAGCCUCAUGGGGCCCAAUUCCUUGGAUGAUGAACGAAGUUUUACCCAAUUCUGUCAGAAGUAAAGGCGCUGCGAUGUCUACGGCUACAAAUUGGCUCUUUAAUUUCCUUGUGGGUGAAAUGACUCCAAUUCUUUUGGAUCUUAUAAAAUGGAGGACCUACUUGAUACCAGGAUUCUCGUGUGUGCUUUCGUUUUUAUGUGUCCAUUACUUGUUUCCUGAGACGAAGGGUUUAUCCUUAGAAGAAAUGGGUUCAAUCUUUGACGAUAACUCUUCCGUUUUUUCCUUUCAUUCGGGAUAUGGAUCUACUAAUGAUACAGAGUCCAGAAGAAGUGUUGAACCUUCGCAGUCAAGUGGCGAGACUCAGCCGUUGCAUCAAACAGCAGCACAACUUGCCAGAAACCCGUCUUCCAUGCGUAAUGAACCUGAAGGCCUUAUCACUGGCACACCACAGCUACCUCCAUUGGGCGGUAAUGACGCAAGUAAAUCUAUUAACUCUGGUACUUCAGGAGGUGGGGGGCUUAACGAUGAUGCAACUGAACCGCCGUCCUUCGAAGCUAUCGUCAACUUUAAAAGACGCAAGAAUGCGCAGUCGUGGUUUUCCUGGGCGCAGCAGAAGAGCGCAGACUAUGAGCUGCUUUCAUGA